CACGACGAGCAGCGAGAACCUCUGCUCUCUCAGCACUUCUUCCUCCAACCUUGUGCAGUUUCCUUUUCACGUCCACAUCGAAACAUCAGCUAGCCGCACGAAUCUUUCACGACCCAUCUGCAAACUUUUAACGCAUCACACGACCACUUCACGAUGAGCGACAUCAAGCCCGAUCAGCACGACGAACACAAGGAGAGGUUGGGUCGUCCUCCUUACUGUCUGUCCGAGGACAAGAAGAAGGACGGAUUCAAGGCCAAGUGGACCGGACAGUGUUACUGCGGGAACGUACAGUACGAGAUCGACCAAGACCCGGUAGACGCUUGUUACUGUCAUUGCCGAACUUGCCAGAGGACCCAUGGAGCUACCUAUCAAUGGGCCGCCAUCGUCCCCAAAGACGCCAUGCACUUCAAAUCGGGUGAGGGCAACCUGCACUUUUACUCGACCAACCACAAGAAGAUGGAGUACGUGCUUCCCUGCAAGGUAUCCUGCGGGAUGUGUCAGUCGCCGAUCAUGGACGAAGGACGAAACAUGUGUCUGAUCUUCCCCGGGUUGAUUCACGGGAUGCACGAGGGAGAGUUGAAGCACAACGGACCUUUCAAGGCUAGCCAUCACAUGUUCUACGAAUCCUGCGUCGAAGACAUUGCCAACGACAGCAUCGCCAAGUUCUCCGGCAAGAAGGGUGAAGGACCCAUGAACGAAGCCGCUCACAAGAUGAUGCCCGAGAUCAAGAAGAAGCAGGCCGAAAAGGAGGAGAAGAAGAAGAGGGAAAAGGAGGAGAGCGACAAGGAGGGUGGAGACGACAGCUCGAAGAAGCAGAAGAAGGAGUGAUCGGUCUUUCGCGGGGAUUCGAGGAUCGAGCCGGGAUCGGUCGGUCGGUCUAUGUAUCUAGUAUCAUCUUACGCAGAAAAACAAAAGUGUAGCUCUUACGCACAAUACAAUGUCAUCGGAAUUCAGCCCUGCACCUUGCAUCAUACAUAGUUGCUUGCUGGAUCCAUGUCGUAGCCACCAUUGUUAUGAACCUAUACACACGUCGAGACCUAGUUUGAAUUGGUUGUUUCGUUCAUAUGCGAUACGAUACAAUCUUGAGAAUACAGUUCGGACCUUCCCACCACUUGAACCUAAUCAUGACUCUAUCAUCGCUGCACCUAGAGCCUCGUCCGCCUCCUUCGUAGUCUAAUAUUAAAGGGCAUCACGAACCUAACACCCGUCCCUCCCGAAAUCGCUCCCUCCCUGGCGUUUCUCCUCUUUCAGCACUUCCAUCUCGCCGGGCUCGACACCGUGUA